AUGGCGAAACUGGUGCACAACGUGCAAAAAAAGCAGCAUCGGGAGCGGUCCCAAGAGGCGGCCCGUUCAAGACUGGGGUUUUUGGAAAAGCACAAGGACUAUGUCAAGAGAGCUCAAAACUUCCACCAGAAAGAGGCCACUUUGAAGAUUUUGCGCGAAAAGGCUCAACAAAGAAACCCAGAUGAGUACUACCAUGGAAUGCACUCGCGGAGUGUGGACGCCCGCGGUCUGCUUAAACAGUCAAGACACGCACGCGACGAAGACCCCAGCUUGUCCACAGCACAGGUCAAACUGCUGAAAACGCAGGAUGCCAAUUACGUGCGCACGCUGCGACAGAACGAGCGCCAGGUUCUGGAACGUCAGGUCCACGAGACCAUGUUCAAGGCGAAGGGAGCACACACUGUGUUUGUUGAGGACCAAGACACGCUGCAUUCGUUCGACGCCGCUGAGCAUUUCAAAACCACUCCAGAGAUGCUAACACGCCGUGAAAACCGGCUUACUCGCGACCAGCUGUCCAACCUGGACCUGCAGGCGGGCCUCUCACAGCUGGGGUCGAGCAUGGAUGCGGAGACGUUGCAGCGCAAGCGGCUGAAAAAGUUGCGGCAAAUACAGCAGCACCAGGAGCGUGAGAACCAGCUCUCCGGGGUGCUGCAGCGCAUGGAAACCCAGCGUGAGGGCAUGAAGAAGGGCUCCAAGAAGAAGAUACGGGACGCGAGCGGCAACGUGACGUUCAAGUGGAAGAAGCAGCGCAAGCGGUGA